AUGGAACACCAAACAGACACAUCUAAACCACAUCAUGACGCAGUCCAUCAGGCAUGUAACAACCUUAAAUCUAAACCACAUCAUGACGCAGUCCAUCAGGCAUGUAACAACCUUAAAUCUAAACCACAUCAUGACGCAGUCCAUCAGGUAUGUAACAACCUUAAAUCUAAACCACAUCAUGACGCAGUCCAUCAGGCAUGUAACAACCUUAAAUCUAAACCACUUCAUGACGCAGUCCAUCAGGCAUGUAACAACCUUAAAUCUAAACCACAGCAUGACACAGUCCAUCAGGCAUGUAACAACCUUAAAUCUAAACCACAUCAUGACGCAGUCCAUCAGGUAUGUAACAACCUUAAAUCUAAACCACAUCAUGACGCAGUCCAUCAGGCAUGUAACAACCUUAAAUCUAAACCACAUCAUGACGCAGUCCAUCAGGCAUGUAACAACCUUAAAUCUAAACCACAGCAUGAUCCAGUCCAUCAGGCAUGUAACAACCUUAAAUCUAAACCACAUCAUGACGCAGUCCAUCAGGCAUGUAACAACCUUAAAUCUAAACCACAUCAUGACGCAGUCCAUCAGGUAUGUAACAACCUUAAAUCUAAACCACAUCAUGACGCAGUCCAUCAGGCAUGUAACAACCUUAAAUCUAAACCACAGCAUGACACAGUCCAUCAGGCAUUCCAUCAGGCAUGUAACAACCUUAAAUCUAAACCACAUCAUGACACAGUCCAUCAGGCAUGUAACAACCUUAAAUCUAAACCACAUCAUGACGCAGUCCAUCAGGUAUGUAACAACCUUAAAUCUAAACCACAUCAUGACGCAGUCCAUCAGGCAUGUAACAACCUUAAAUCUAAACCACUUCAUGACGCAGUCCAUCAGGCAUGUAACAACCUUAAAUCUAAACCACAGCAUGACACAGUCCAUCAGGCAUGUAACAACCUUAAAUCUAAACCACAUCAUGACGCAGUCCAUCAGGUAUGUAACAACCUUAAAUCUAAACCACAUCAUGACGCAGUCCAUCAGGCAUGUAACAACCUUAAAUCUAAACCACAUCAUGACGCAGUCCAUCAGGCAUGUAACAACCUUAAAUCUAAACCACAGCAUGACCCAGUCCAUCAGGCAUGUAACAACCUUAAAUCUAAACCACAUCAUGACGCAGUCCAUCAGGCAUGUAACAACCUUAAAUCUAAACCACAUCAUGACGCAGUCCAUCAGGUAUGUAACAACCUUAAAUCUAAACCACAUCAUGACGCAGUCCAUCAGGCAUGUAACAACCUUAAAUCUAAACCACAGCAUGACACAGUCCAUCAGGCAUGUAACAACCUUACACAUCUAAACCACAUCAUGACGCAGUCCAUCAGGCAUGUAACAACCUUAAAUCUAAACCACAGCAUGACACAGUCCAUCAGGCAUGUAACAACCUUAAAUCUAAACCACAGCAUGACGCAGUCCAUCAGGCAUGUAACAACCUUACACAUCUAA